AUGAUAAAUAAACAAAAUGAAGAUAUAAAUAAUGAAAAUAAUCAACACCAAAAUGAAAAAGCAUCAUCAUUCAAAAUGGAAGUUUAUGAACAAAAAUGUAUAAGUAAUAAUAAUAAAUUUUCAAAACACGCAAACAUUUUAUUAAAUGCCGAAAAUUAUAUUAAUAAAUUAAGAAAUAAAGCAAAUAAUUUUUACUUUAUUUAUGUAAUAGUUACGAUAAUACAUUUAUUAAUAUAUGCAAAUAGAGGAAUAUUAUCAGGAUCAUAUGAUUAUUUAUCAUCAUAUUUUAAGUAUAUAUAUCCACAAGGAAAUGUAGAUGUACAUAUAGGAAUUUUAGUAUCUGUAUUUAUAUAUGGCAUAAGUAUAAAUUCAAUAAUAUCUGGAUCCUUAGCAUAUAAAAAUGAUCCCUUUAAAAUAACUACGCUAUUUUUAUUUCAAUAUGCACUCGCAUUAAUAUUGACUAGCAUAUUUUUUGUUAUCAAGUCAUAUUAUGGUUUAAUUUUUAGUAGGUUUUUUUGUGGUUUCAGUGAAGCUGCAUUUGUUACGAUUAUUCCAUCACUGAUAUUUUCAUAUUCUAAGCAUAGAGCUGGAGCAUGGAUUAGUAUAUUCUAUAUGAUGUGUCCAUUAGGCACAUGUUUGAGUUAUUUAUUAGCCCCUAUAUUAUCAAUGUUAAAAAUAACUAUUCCUCACGUGUUUGUAUCGUCGAGUAUAUGCCUAAUAGCACUAUCCUUUAUUUUCUGCCUUUUUGAUGAAAAAAUUUUAAAAAAAAAUGAUUAUGAAAAAAAUAAGAAUAAUACAAAUAUUCUUAAAGAUAAAGAUAUUAAUUUGGAGCAUGAUGAUUCUUCAAUAAAUGGAAACUUAGAAAAAUGUAAUGAACAAAAAAUCACCACAGAAAAUAAUUUAAACAUCACAACUACUAAAAAUUAUAAUAGCGACAAUAAAUAUCUCGAAAUUGAAUUAGAUAAUUGUAUUGAAGCAUUAGAAGGUGAAAAAACAGAAUCAGAUUUAUAUUCCCUAUUAUAUAAUAAUUUUUCUAAUAUUUCUUUUUUGUUGGUGGUUCUUGGUUUAACUGCUCAUAUAGACAUAAUGUCAUGCCAUUUGGUAUAUGGGCCAACAAUUUUAUAUAGUUAUGGUAUUUAUCCAUCAUAUAAAUUAUCCGUAAUUAUUUGUAGUAUAGCAGCUUGCUUAUCUUCAAUAAUCGGUACAAUAUUUGGGGGAUAUUUAGUGGAUUACAAUAAUUUAAAUAUACACGAUAUUGAUAAGCAUUAUGAACAUAUUAAAAAUAGUGAAAAUAUAAAUAAAUUAUAUAAAAAAGAUUUUCUUGUUUAUAAAUUUAUCAAAUUAAUGUCAUUUUCUCUUUUGAUUGUUUCGGUUUUUGGAAGUAUAUGUAUGAUGAUCGCACCAUUUACUAAAAAUAUAUACAUAUUUACAGCUCUGUUAUUUUUGGGAUAUACUGCUUUAUUCGCAUUAUCGCCAGGACAGAAUAUAUUAGUUAUGGCCGCUUUCCCUAAGAACUUAAGACCGUUUUCUGUUGGAUUGUCUUCCUUUUUAUCACAUAUAUUGGGUGAUAUACCAUGGGUUAUUAUUAUUGGGAAAAUCAAAGGAACACUCGCUCCAGAUUGUGUUGUUACUAUCAAUAGUGAAGUUACAGAUACUUGCCGUAGUCAAAGUACUGGAUUAUUAAUCACUUUAAUGAUAAUAUCAUCCAAAACUAUUGUAAUAAUAUUGGGAACGUUUUUACUUUACAUUUAUGCGAAGAAAAAAAUGAUAAAAUAUAAAAAUAUACGAUUUGUUUCGUAA